UUUUUAUUGACUUGACAUUAUUAUAAAGUUAUUUUACACACUUAAGGUCACCUUAAUGAUGUCCCAUAGGACUCUUUUUUAAAACGAGUCUGAAAGUUUUCAUGGUGAGAUCAUUUCUUUGAAAUCAUAAUACGCCUGGAUUUUAUAGGCAUCGUUAAUUUAACACUCUCAAAGUGUGGAUUAUAUAAACACUGUUAGAGUUAAUUUGGCCCUUUUUAACACUGGCGAUUUUGCUGUGUAUAAUUAUAAAGUUGUCUUUUUAUACAUCAGUUGAUGAUAAUUUACCACAGUUUCUUUUAGUUCACUUUACUAACAUAAUUUCAACUAAGACAAGUGCAAGCAAGGAUUUUCUCUUAACCUAAAAAUGCUUACUGAAAAAUGUAAAAGUAAAAACAUCCCAAGAAAAGGCAACUGUAAGAAUAUGUGUACAUUUAGAUAUAUUUCCUGCAUUAAAAAAAAACGCACAACAAAAGAUAAUUUCAUUAAAAAAAAACAGGGCCUCCGGUACUAACGUUCAAGUGAAACUCAAACUCGUCGAAGACAAGAGCAGCUGCAUGUAUCAUUUUAUGGACUGGAAUCCCUGGAGCGGCAGGCACUCGCGUUCAGACCAACCAGCGAUGACGUCACUGGAGGAAAUGGAACCUGGAGCCCCGGGCGCAGGGAACACACAACACUUCUCAAUGGACUGAAUAUAUUUGCGGAUUUAUCGUCUCACCGACUUCCAGGACCGCACUUUUCGCCUCUGGAUUACAAACUUUCAGCCUGUAUUAUUCGAAUAGCGCGUUCACCGUCACGAUCAGUGGCUGCAUUAAAGCCUAUUAGGAGCAACCACAAGUUUUAAAAGCAACUUUGCCUUCAGUUUCUCAGAUGUGGUUGUAUCGUUCGGCAUGCAGACAUAUCAUCACGAUCCGUUUUAGAGAAUCGUAGGAUAACUAACAUAUCUAAACCUUUUCGCUUUCCUCCGGAGCUCGCUGUAGCGAGUCAAACGCGCACAGAAAAGUUGUGUUGAUCGGAUUUCCAGGAGUUCGCUGUUAUGUCGGGAUGGCUGCAGCUGUCUCGAGUGGACAGGCGAGAUCUACACGCCGACUGGUAACAAAGAAAAUGUAACGAGUUUGUGCGACAUCAUAUCACUGGCGCCGAUUCCCGCGAAACGCUUAAAAAACUUGCCGUGCACUCGACGCGUGUUGAAAAGCUGGGGAAGAAAUGGAGCUCUUGGAAAACAAAGGAGGAUGUUCGACCUCGUCUGUUUAACGUGGACUGCAUACAGCCAGCCAUGAUAAACUGCAACAGGACUCAUUGUUAAUGUUGGGUCGAGUCGGUAUUGCGACCAUGACUUAGAAGAAGCGUUGUGCCGUGUGACUUUCAUGGCGAAUUGUUGUCGCAAACAUCGCGAGGCCGUGUUUAGAUAAAAACGACGACGCGAGGCGUUCAGGGCUAUUUAUACGCAAAUCGAAUCCCCUCUUCUUGGCGUGUGCAUUUCAACCCAGAAAGGCGUGAUGUCGGUGGGUGCCGCCUGCGUCCUUUUCUUGGCUUUCGUGCUGCUCGGAGGCGUGAACUCUUUGGGAGCAUCUGAAUGUAAAUCUUAUGAUGAGCGCUCCAAAAACGCAGGGAAAAGCUCCGGCGCCACGCUGGACAGGAAGGUGGUCUGCAGUAAUAUGGAGCUCCAUCAGGUGCCUGCUCCUGAAUCAUUUCCCAACAGGACAGUCUCUCUGAUUUUAAGCAACAAUAAAAUCCAGGAACUUCUGAAUGGCUCUUUCAUCGGUUUGACAACACUGGAAAGACUGGACAUAAAGAACAACAUAAUCACACAUAUUGCACCAGGAGCGUUUUAUGGACUGUUUGCCCUCAAACGAUUAGACCUGUCGAAAAACCUGAUUGGCUGCCUGCAUGUGGACGUUUUUAAAGGUCUCUCGAACCUCAUUAAACUAAAUCUUUCAGAGAACAAGUUUUCGUCACUCUCACAAGGGAUCUUUGAUAGCCUUGGCUCUCUGAAAAUACUGGAGUUUGAUAGCCCUUAUCUCCUGUGUGACUGUAACCUGCAAUGGCUGGUGGUCUGGAUCAAAGAGAAAGGGGUGGGGGUGAAGGAAACCCGCUGCUCGUUCCCUCGUUCUCUACAGGGUCAACUUAUACCCACCCUCAGACCUGAAACACUCAACUGUGAUGCUCCCCUCGAGCUCCCCUCGUUCCAGAUGACGCCGUCCCAACACCAGAUUGUCUUUCAGGGUGACAGCCUGCCGUUUCAGUGCACGGCCUCUUUCGUGGACGAGGACAUGCAGGUUUUGUGGUAUCAGGAUGGGAAGAUGGUGGAACCCGAUGCCACGCAGGGCAUCUACAUAGAGAAAAGCAUGGUGCAGAACUGCUCGCUGAUAGCCAGCGCUCUGACCAUCUCCAACAUCCAGCCGGGAUUCACUGGGAACUGGGAGUGUCGAGUGCGCACCAGUCGAGGGAACAACACUCGGACGGUCCACAUUGUGGUUUUGGAGAGUUCUGCCGAGUACUGCCUGCCGGACCGGGUGUCAAACAACAAGGGCGAUUACAGGUGGCCUCGUACACUGGCCGGCAUCACUGCGUACCUUCCCUGUAAACGUCAGGUGACCGGUGCGGGCAUCUAUUCGGGCAGCUCGGCGGAGGAGCGGCGGGCGUGGAGGCGUUGUGACCGGAGCGGGCAGUGGGCGGAGGAGGACUAUUCACGCUGCGAAUAUACCAAAGAUGUCACACGUGUGCUUUACAUCAUCAACCAGAUGCCUCUGAAUCUAACCAACGCGGUUCAGAUUGCACAGCAGCUGUUGGUUUACACCGCAGAGGCGCCCAACUUCUCAGACAAGGUGGAUGUGAUCUUUGUAGCAGAGAUGAUUGAGAAGAUCGGCAAGUUUGCAGAGAAAUACAAAGAGCUGGGAGAUGUGAUGGUGGAUAUCUCCAGUAAUUUGAUGCUGGCUGAUGAGCGGGUGUUAUGGAUGGCUCAGAAGGAGGCCAGAGCUUGUUCUCGUAUCGUCGAUUGUCUGCAGAGAAUUCCUGUUCUCAGGCUCAGUAAUGGGGCUUUGGCUUAUUCUACUAACUCUCAUAACAUUGCAUUGGAGGCUCAUGCCAUCAAAGCCAGCAGCUUCAACGGAAUGACCUGCACGCUGUUCCAGAAGGUCACGCUGGACCGCGCGGUCAUGGCCCACUUCGCCCCCAGAGACCCCGACAUCAACCCAGACCGUCAGCUCAGCUUCAAAUGCAACGUCACCAGCAACCUAUCAGCACUCGCUCUCAAAAACACCAUCGUGGAGGCGUCGCUGCAGCUUCCUCCGUCUCUCUUCUCGUCGCUGGGAAACUCGGGUCAGGCAGAGGAGGCCGUUUAUAAGCUCCACCUACUAGCCUUUCGCAAUGGCAAACUGUUCCCGCCCACUGGAAACUCCACCCUCCUGAUUGACGGCAGCAAGAGGAGAAGUGUCGUCACCCCCGUGAUUCUCACGAAGAUCGAGGGCUUCUCACUGAGGAACCUGCUGAGUCCGGUGAACACGACCAUGAGACGCUUCUUGCACGGAUCAGAUGCUGUUCCUGCCUGCUGGAACUUUAGUCUUUUGGGAGAACAGGGGGGCUGGCAGAGCGACGGCUGUCGAAUCACCCAUCAGGAUGACAACUUCACCACAAUGUCCUGCGAUUCAUUGAAUAACUAUGCGUUACUGAUGGAUCUUAACAGGACCGGGUACGGCGCGUACAGCUUUAACCCCCUUCACCCGGUUAUCUACGCCACAGCCGUCGUGCUGGUUGUCUGCCUGCUGUCUGUCAUAGUCAGUUACAUCUACCAUCACAAGUCGGCGCGGAUCAGUAAAAAGUGUUGGCACAUGCUGGUUAACCUGUGCUUGCAUAUUCUCCUCACCUGUGCUGUGUUUGUUGGCGGCAUCAACCAAACGUACAACGCGAGUGUUUGCCAAGCGGUGGGGAUAGUGCUGCAUUACUCCACGCUGGCUACGGCUUUGUGGUCGGGCGUAACCGCACGCAACAUCUACAAGCAGGUGACGCGAAAGGCCAGACGUUACGAGGAGCUGGACGAACCUCCACCUCCACCCAGACCGAUGCUGAGAUUCUACCUAAUAGGUGGAGGGAUACCGAUUAUUGUCUGUGGCAUAACAGCUGCGGCUAACAUUAAAAACUACGGCAGUCAAGCCAACGCACCAUAUUGUUGGAUGGCAUGGGAACCCAGUCUCGGUGCUUUUUACGGACCGGCAGCUUUCAUCGUUUUCGUGGACUGCAUGUACUUCCUCAGCAUUCUCAUUCAGCUCCGUCGACACCCUGAGCGCCGCUUUGAACUCAAAGAGCAGUCCGAAGAGCAUCAGCGUCUUUCUGUCACAGAAGCCACCGAAGUUACGCCCGGCCACCUGGAGUCCUCAUCUGUAGCCGUCACGCAGCAAAUGCUGAUGUCGGCUCUGGUGAACGAACAUACUUUCGCUGCUCAGCUCCUCGGCGUGGCGGGGGCUCUGUUGCUUUAUGCGGUGCUGUGGUUGUUCGGCGCCCUCGCCGUGUCCCAGGAAUAUCCGGCCGACCUGGUGUUCGCCUGCCUGUUCGGAGCUGCCGCUCUCGGCCUUGGUGCGUUUCUAGUGGCCCACCACUGCGUGAAUCGACAAGACAUGCGUCAGCAUUGGUCACGGGCCUGUUGCCUGGGGCGACGUAACUAUGAUGUAGAGGUCGACUCUCUGCUCGUGCCCAUCCCGGGGUCCAGCGGAUCCGCGUCGUCCGCCCGAGGAAACGGAGAGGCAGCAAAAUGCGCAGCCAGCAGCGCCGAAUCUUCCUGCACCAAUAAGAGCGCGCCAAGUGUGCGUAACUCCACCCAGGGCUGUAAACUGACCAAUCUGCAGGUAGAAGCUGCUCAGUGCAAAGUGGAGCCUUCGACAGCCAAUGGCGCCGCCUUACUGGACAACAGCCUGACCGAACAUUCAGCAGACAAUGAGAUAAAAAUGCACAUCGCACCUCUUGAAGUCCAGUACCGCCCAAGCUCCGUCAACAACAACCUACCGGGAACAGGCAACCUUAAUGGCCACCCCGGGCGACAUCAUAAAAACAGGUCACGGGGACACCGCUCGAGCAGGCUCACCGUUUUGCGUGAGUACUCUUUUGACGUCCCCACCAGCGUCGAGGGCAGCGUGCAAAGCGCCCCCCACAAGCGCCACCACCAUCACGACAGCAUGCAGGCGCGCAACAGCCGGCGCGCGGCGUACCUGGCGUACCGUGAGCGCCAGCAGAGCCAGUUACAACAGGACAGCAGCGACGCCAGCGCCAGUUUACCCCGCCGCUCGCGGCACCUCGACAAGGGAGGGACCAAAGGUGGACGCGUGCGCCUGGAAAACGGCUUAAGUCAAAGUUUUGGCCACGGGUUCAGCGGCAGCGUGAAAGAGUCGGGGACGGGAUCAGGGACUGAUGUCACCGGCCAAACUAAAGACUGUCCAAAACAUCCCCUCCCUAUUGAACUGGAGGUCCAGCCAAAGUCUUACGGGUUGAAUUUAGCGUGCCAAAACGGAGCUGCCAAAGACUCGGAGAGACUGAACGUGGAGACUUCGGCGAAUGUUAAGACUGGCUUGUGGAAACAUGAAACUACUGUGUAGCGAAAUUCCGACUUUUAUUCGUGUAACUGUGAAUUUUAUUGUUUUAAACGGAACAGUUUGUAAAAAUAGUUUCAAGGAGAAUUUUGCCUUUAUAUCUGAGAAAAUACAUAUAGUUUUCCACUUGGCUGUGAAUCACGAUCUUCUACAAAUGGUCUAUUUUUGUAUCAUUUAAGCCCGUUUUGUAUUUCAUUCUCGCACUGGUGAAGAUGCGUGAUGUGCCGCCACCCUUGAAAUAUAUACUGGGUUUAUCUAAUGUGUUUUCACGUAAUAAGGACGACUGUGUUCAAUCGCAGCUGUCGGCUAAUAAAAAAAUCCCUUUCACAGCCCACUUCAUCUCGUAUGUGAGCUCAAACCCUCGUGUGAGAACUUCCUCCAUGCUUUGCAGUUUCAAAUAAUUGGGAGCACGUUGUACCUUUUCAUUGAGACUUCUGGCUCUAAUUGAGGUACAGGUCUUGACAUCUAUCUGUGGUGGAACCAGUUCGAUGGGCAGUGUCAAGAAAUUGUGGGCCGCUGUCUCCCGAGCGUUCACCCACGCUGUGAUGGAUGGCUGACUCUCAGGUCGCCCUGCCUGUCAUCAUUAGUAAUGACGGGAAUAUAAUUGCUCGCCUUUCCGCCCCUCUUCUUGUCUAAGUUGCCACGAGUCUGUCGAGCUGUACAGCAGGGCGAUACAGGACCGUGUGUGUUUGAGAAAAGAAUAGCGCUUUAUUUGCACGCAUGUGCAGCUAAGAAUAGAGGAUGCUACUUUAAGCGUGUCCUUUUAACAACCAAAACGUUGCGAGUUUAUUGGUGCUAAUGAAGUCCACGGGGGCUUUUCUGUGUUAAAUUGGGCUUGAUAUCAGCUGUUUUCAACACACGAGGGAAAUUGAGAUUAUUGCUUUAACAAUGGGCUGAUGGAGACGGUUUUGCACGUGCCAGUCGCAUCCAGAAAUGAAAGUUCAUUCAUCCUCUAUUCACCCUCGUGUCAUGACAAUCCUGUAUGACUUUCUUUUGCAGAACACAAAAGAUAGUUUGAAGAAUGCUGGUAACCAAACAACCACACAUUGUGUAUGGAGACGAAACCAGAGACAUUUCUUAAAAUCUCUUCUUUUGUGCUGUGAACGAAAGAAAGUGAAUAAAUGAAUUUAGAUUUUUUUGGGGUGAACUUUCCCUUUAAGAGCCCAAAUGCACACACCAAAAACAUACACAAGAUACAAGUGCAACGUGAAUUUUCGUACACAUUCUUGUUGUUUCAUUGACCUCAUUCCCGUAUCGAGUUGUGGACUUACAGUUGGUGUCCGCUCAGUUUGUCCAGAUGGACUUUGGUUGGGUAACAUGCCCAUUUCAUGACCCAGAAAUCCACAGUAGCCGCCAUCAAAGGCCAGGGUUUAAUCUGUUAUCUAUUCUGUUUUAAAGAUGAAAAAUCAAGAGCGUUUUGUAAUUCAUUUGUGAAGGUCAUGUGAAUAUAAUUGAUUUGGAGAUUCUUGAAAGGCAUCCUAUCCAUUACAAUCAUCUGCCGCGUGUGCUUGUGGAGGACCGAGCGAUUGAACAGGAGACGAGUUGUUCUUCAUUUUCACCCCGCUAAUGAUAUAUUAAAAGCAUUUUCCUCGUUGACAGAGAUGUAUGCCGGGCCCACCUGAAUGUGACAAAAUGAAAUAAGGCUUUGCACGGAAGACUUUGUCACAGAUGACUGUUAAUAAUGGAUAUAAUGACAGUCUUACAAGAGUGCUUUUCACUCGGCUAAAGGGGAUUUCUUUUGUGUCGUCCCACGUGCCCUCUGAAAUUCAUCAGCGUUUUAUUUCUUAAUUGCCGUUGCUUAGUUUGAUCCAGAUUUAGUCUUAAAGGUCCGAUGUGUCAUUUUUUGAUCUAAUGUACAUAACUAUGUCUUCAGAGGUGUAUAAAGACCUUACGUAAUGAAGCGUUGUGUUUUUAUUACCUUAGAAUGAGUUAUGUCUAUCUACACACACCGCGGGUCCCCCAAUUCAUGUUGUUUCUACAGCAGCCCUUAACGGACAAACUGCUCUACUGAGCGCGUUUUGUAAAUACGUUAUUUCCUUCGUCAAAGAAGCAAAGACAUCUUUUUCCGUGUCAGUGCUUCGAAAGUGAGAAGGGGGGGUGGAGUGAGGUGUUGGUUGCAAUUCGCAACCUCACCACUAGAUGCCGCUACACUUCACGCUGGACCUUAACACUAGUAGGUGUUACAAAACCUGUAAUGUUUUGCCCCAAAAAUAAAAAAAAUCCAUCGUAUCACCCUCAUGUCGUUCAAAAUCUGAACGUGUCUCAGUGGUUUCGUGUCCAUACAAUGGAAGUCAAUUGUUGUUGGGUUACCAGCGUUCUUCCAAAUAACUUUUUACGUUUUGCAGAGGAAAUAAAGUCAAACAGGUUUGGAAUGACAUGAAGGCAAGUAAACAAUGAAAGAGUUUUUGUUUUGAGGUGAACCGUCACUUGUAGUUGGGUUCAGAAAAUGCCCAUGUGUAGAUCUGUAAUCUAUAGGCAAAGUAUGGCUACUUUGAAGAAGUUUUUUUUUCAAAGUUUAUUUGACCUUUUUUAGGUCAUUUUGUUUGUGUGUGUCUGAAAAGUUAUAUAUAACUUGCUGGCAAAGCUACUAUAGUAUGAAUGCAUAUCAUAGCGAAUAUAUUGAAUCAUUGCGUGUUUUGAGUUUUGGCAAGUGUGCCUUUUAAAAAGCAUCUGGCAGCGUCUUUAAGACCCGCUUCGGAUCUAAAGAUUGAGAUCUUCCGUGAAGUCACACCAUCUGUGCCUAGAAUUACUUUGAGGAGAAAAACAAACGUCUUACCUGCAGUUUACCAAUCAGUCAAAAAAGACAAAUCUAUACUAUAUCAUAUACAAGCCUUGCCUUGAAGUGUGAUGGAAUCAUAUUUGCGGUGAUAUCGUGACACACUUUAAGAUCACGGGAUGAAACCGAAUUACACAUUUGCGCUGUCAAUCUCAUUGCUCCGUAUUAAACCGUAAUGAUCUUGGGUCUGGACCAUGCAUUAGAUAUGGGAAAUUAAUGGAUUUGAAAUAAAUAAAUGAUGAGGGUAUUGAUACCAUGUUUUCUCACACAACUCCUCGACCAAAACACCAUAAACCGCUUCAUGGCGGUCCAGAGGUCAAGGACAAUAAUUCCAGGAACCUGAGACUAUUAUAGAGGUCUUGCUCCCAGAAGAUAUCACUUGAGCAUUAUGGAAAAGGAUUGAGAUCGCAGGUGUACAGACAUAUACAGUACAUGCGUGUUGGAAUUGAUUUGGGGAACUCAUUACACACGUGAUCAUUUGUUUUAAGACAGAGUGCUUGAGGUUAGAUGCUUCUGAUGGUGUGAUGAGGAAUAUUUAUGAAUAUAUGGCAACCCAACUCCUGAUGUUUCUUAUCGGUAACAUGACACAGCCCUCCAGCUAUUGUGCUGUAUAGUCUAGUUUGUUUUUUGGGGAAAGAAAUGGACCGUGCUGUCAUCGUGUCACCUAUGACCUUUAAAGUUAUUUUUAUGUGCUUUGUUGUCUGAUCCAUUACGUACACAAGAUAAUAUAUCAGACGAGUUCAAGACGAAAAAACUACGGGAGAUUCGUGUUGGUUUUGUGAGUUUUGCAUCUCAAACUGCACAGAUGGCUGUUUUGGCAUUAUUUUGGAGUGGGUGAUGAGUAAGAGGAGUGCUUGAAGUUAUCCUGUCAGACUGUUGUUAUCAUUUUUAUUAGUUAAUUCGCUGACUUUGGGUUUUUGCUGACAGUUGGAGUGAGCAUAUACGAUUUAAAGGGUUGGUUCACCCAAAAAUGAUCAUUCGUUCAUUAUUUACUCACCCUUAUGCCAUUCCAAACCUGUAUGGCUUUCUUUCUUCUGCAGAACACAAAAGAGGAUAUUUCGAAGAACGUUGGUAACCAAACAACAUUGAAUUUCAUUGUAUGCACACAAAACCAUCGAGAAAAUAUCUUUCCAUUUUAACCUGCAUCGCCCACACGAGGCUCAAAAGCUCAAUGUGGUCGACGCACUCGGUCAUAUCCAAUAAAGACCAUCUAUCAGGAUACAAAGGUUAGUAAUUCCCAUUCACUGUUGGUAUGGUAUCUUCUGAUUUAAGGGUGGUUUAAUUGAGCUUAAUAUCAGUGUUUUCACAAAGCCUUUCUUUAAACUGCACGUGGGUAUUUUGGAGUAUUUAUUUAUCUUUUCAUUCUUAAUGCCAUUCCAGCAUCUAAGGCUUCAUGUCGAGAACUAGUCAAUCUAUACACAAGUCUGUUCUUUACACAAGUAGGGGGGACAAUUUGGAAUCCUCAGUCAACGUAAUCUGCAUGUCUUUGGGUUGUGGGAGUAAACCUACGCUGAUGCAAACUCCUCACAGAAAGGCUUCACAGAAAGGUUUCAUUGGGGUUGACUGAUGCACCUUUUGUUGGCCUUUAUGACUUUAAAUCUCUUAGAUGUUCUGGCAGAGGAUUGUGGGUAAAAAACCCUAACUAAUCUUUGUUGGAUAAUUUGAUGUAGCUUUCACUUCGUCAAAAAGUGAAAUCAUCAAAACCACAGUUGAUGUUUUGAAGAAUGUUGUUCUUGGGCAUCAUUGACUACCAUAGUAGUUUUUCCUAGCGACUUUCCUACUAUAAUAGUCAAUAGUUCUCCAAAACUGUUUGGUUAAAAACAUC